CCUGAAUUGACGGAGGCAGGAGAUCAAGGACUUGCACUCUAGUGCGAGUGGUGCGCAACGAAAUUUCCCUCGCGUGAGGCGCAAUAUCUUUACAGCUUCGCAUCUUCCAUUGACAGGACAGUUGCCGGGAGAGUCACCGGGAGACGAUCAACCAAGAAACCCGGUUGUCUCUGGACAGCCUAUCUGUGGAAGAGAUACACAAAAUGGCGAGACAUAACCAUCAAAAUUGAGCCCCUCUGUGGUUGAUGGCGACGCCUGAGCCCAACCCAGCAAUGCAGAAGACGAGAACCUGGUGGUGGCAGGGACAACUGGGAGUUCCUCUGCUGUUUCUGGUUUUCCCGCUCCUCAGGACCGAAUCGUUCAAUGGACUUUCAGAGCCCCAGAAUGUGACACUGGCUGCUAUCCUGCCUUUGCGCAACACUGAAUACCCGUGGGCCUGGCCCCGCGUGGGACCCGCUCUGACCAGGGCUCUGGAGCGAGUCAAUGACGAACCCACCCUGCUGCCGGGCCACCGCCUGCGCAUCGUCUACGACAGCAGCGAAAGCAAGGACGGCGUCUGCUCCGACUCAGUGGCGCCGUUGGUGGCCGUGGACCUCAAGUUCUCCUACGACCCGUGGGCCUUCAUCGGGCCUGGUUGCGACUACGCUUCGUCUCCCGUGGGCCGCUUCACCACCCACUGGGACGUUCCCAUGGUGACGGCCGGGGCAGCGGCCAUUGGCUUCAACAUGUACACAUCCAUCACCAACACGGGCCCCACGCACAAGAAGCUGGGCGAGUUUGGGGUGCACCUGCACCACCAUUUUGGCUGGCACAGGCACGCCAUGCUCAUGUUCAGUGACAACAAGGACGACGACCGGCCAUACUACUUUACGGCCGAGGGGCUGUACACGCAGCUGCAGCUGGACAACAUCACCACAGCAGACAAGGUCUUCAAUGAGAAGAAUGGACCAGUCCAAUACGAUGACCUCAUCAGUGACAUCAGCCAGAGUGCCCGAGUGGUGUACAUGUGCUGCUCAUGGGACACCUUCCGGAGGCUGAUGGUACAGUUCUGGAGGGAGGGCCUGCCCCCGGAGGACUAUGCAUUCUUCUUCAUCGACCUGUUCGGCCACAGCCUGAGGAAGCAGCCCGCUAGGCCCUGGUACAGAGGAGACUCAGACGACCACGCCGCCAAGAAGGCCUUCAGGAGUGUGAAGAUCCUGACCUACAAAGAGCCACAGAACCCGGAGUACAAGGAGUUUGUUUCCAACCUGAAGACGGACGCCAUGAACAUGUUCAACUUCACUGUAGAAGACUCGCUGAUGAACCUGAUAGCAGGAGGCUUCUAUGACGGGGUGAUGCUUUACUCUCAGGCCCUGAACGAGACCAUGGCAGAGGGAGGGGGCCGGCCGCGAGGGGACACCGUCACCAAGAGGAUGUGGAACCGCACAUACCAUGGUGUUACUGGCUUGGUUCAGAUUGAUGGGGCAGGCGAUCGGGAGAUUGACUUUGCCUUGUGGGACAUGACCAAUCUUGACUCUGGGGUCUUUCAGAUUGUGUCCGUCUACAACAGCACCCUGAAGGAGCUGGUUCCAGUGCCGGGCAUGAAGGUCCAAUGGCCGGGGGGCGCCCCCCCCCAAGACAUCCCCGACUGUGGCUUCAAGAACGACAAGCCUGCCUGCUUAGCACGGACAGUUACUAUGCUCCAGAUGGUGGCCAUCGUGGCUUGCUUCAUCUUCGUCAUCAUCGUCACCGUCACCGUCUUCAUCUACAGGAAGCUGAAAUUGGAGAAUGAGUUGGCUGCUCAGCUCUGGCGAGUGCAAUGGGAGGACGUGCAGAUGAGCAACCUGGAGAAAGUGCUACGCAGGGCAUGCAGCAGACUCACCCUGUCUCUGAGAGGCUCGAACUAUGGCUCCCUCCUGACCAUGGAAGGAAACUUCCAGAUCUACGCGAAGACUGGCUAUUACAAGGGAAACAUUGCGGCCAUUAAGUACGUCACUAACAAGAAGCGCAUUGAGCUCACCAGGAUAGUUCUCUUUGAGCUCAAACAUAUGCGUGAUGUUCAAAACGAGCACCUGACUCGCUUUAUCGGAGCCUGUAUCGAUCCUCCCAACAUCUGUAUCAUCACAGAGUACUGUCCCCGGGGCAGCCUGCAGGAUCUUAUGGAGAGCGAGAGCAUCACCUUAGACUGGAUGUUCAGAUACUCUCUCAUCAACGACAUUGUUAAGGGGAUGGCCUUCCUUCACAACAGUGUCAUUGUCUCCCAUGGUAAUCUGAAGUCCUCUAACUGCGUGGUGGACAGUCGCUUUGUUCUGAAGAUCACUGACUACGGGCUGGCCAGCUUUCGCGAAAAGUCCAAUAUGGAGGACACACACGCCUACUAUGCCCGGAAAUUAUGGGCAGCUCCAGAGCUGCUGAGGGCAGAUAGUCCCCCGCCAUGUGGCACUCAGAAAGGGGACAUCUACAGUUUCGGCAUUAUCCUGCAGGAGCUGGCCCUGCUCCGAGGGGUCUUCCACGUCGAGGGGGACACCCUUAGCCCCAAAGAGAUCGUAGAACGCGUGGCGCUGGGCCAGUGGCCCUACCUGCGGCCCUCCCUCUGCCCUCAGAGCCACAGUGAAGAGGUGGGCCAGCUCAUGCUGCGCUGCUGGAGCGAGGACGGGAACGAGAGGCCCGAGUUCCACCACAUCAAGCUGCUGCUGCGCAAACACAACAGAGGUUAUGGGUCUAAUAUCCUGGACAACCUGUUGUCUCGUAUGGAGCAGUACGCCAAUAACCUGGAAGAACUUGUGGAGGAAAGAACACAGGCCUACCACGAAGAGAAACGCAAGGCUGAGGCACUGCUCUACCAGAUACUUCCACACUCUGUAGCGGAGCAGCUGAAGAGAGGGGAGACGGUGCAGGCAGAGGCCUUUGACUCAGUCACCAUCUACUUCAGUGACAUUGUGGGCUUUACCGCCAUCUCAGCAGAGAGCACACCCAUGCAGGUGGUGACCCUAUUGAAUGACCUCUACACGUGUUUUGAUGCCAUCAUCGACAACUUCGAUGUUUACAAGGUGGAGACGAUAGGCGAUGCGUACAUGGUGGUGUCUGGGCUGCCUGUGAGGAACGGCAAUCUGCAUGGCCGAGAGAUCGCCCGCAUGUCGCUGGCCCUGCUGGAGGCCGUACACUCCUUCAGAAUCCGCCACCGACCUGCCCAGCAGCUCCGUCUGCGCAGUGGCAUCCACAGUGGCCCUGUGUGUGCUGGUGUUGUAGGACUGAAGAUGCCUCGGUUCUGUCUGUUUGGAGAUACAGUCAACACAGCCUCUCGCAUGGAGUCCAAUGGGGAGGCCCUAAAGAUCCACGUGUCGGAUGCCACGCGCGCGGUGCUCGACGACUUCAACUGUUUCCAGCUGGAGCUGAGAGGAGACGUAGAGAUGAAGGGCAAAGGGAGGAUGAAGACCUACUGGCUACUGGGAGAGAGCACCAACAUGGCUUGAGAUAGAGAGAGAGAGAGAGAGAGAGAGAGAGAGAGAGAGAGAGAGAGAGAGAGAGAGAGAGAGAGAGACUCGGUAGAAAAGAGAGAGACUCGGUAGAAAAGAGAGGACUGAGGUAAAAGGAACAGACAUGCAUACAGAUUCACAUGAGAAUGGAGUGAAAUGGAAAUAAGCAAAAAACUGUACUCCUGACAACUCCCUCCUGAAUGAUAGUCUCAUCAACAGUCUCACUGCUCUUCAUGGUGAUACCUUGGUUAAUUUAGGUGAACAAGCUCUCUCUAGAUUGACUUACCAUGGUGGAUAACCUAUCAACGUUGACCUUCCAUGGACAGCUUUAGACUUGUACCUCUACAACCAAAGGAAUGAUAUCACUGCUACACCGCUGUGUACCGAUUGGUGAGGCACCACCUCUGAUUGACACAGACGAUGGGCAUUUGCGAACAUCGCCACCAGUGUUCCAGAGUUGUAACUAUCGCUUUUGUGAACAAACAUUUUGGACAUUCUUGUUGGACCUGUUGUUUGUGGUGACGAGAGUUGUCCAAUGUGUUAUUUUGUGGUUAUUUGACUUUGUGACUGACUUGGUGUUCUCUAACAUUUGUGUAGAGGCCUUAGUGUUAUGUGAAGCAUUCACUGGUGUUAUUCUAUUUAUUUCACAGUGGUGUGUGUUCUAUAUUACUAUAUCAGUUUGUUCUAUAUCUAUAUCAGUUGAACAAUAAUCAACUGAAGACCAGAGGGGUAUACUACGAAUGUAGCUAGAUGUAUUCAGGCUUUUCUGAAAUUAGCUAGCUUCAGUUAGCUUCACAUUCCAGCUCAGGCUUCAUGCAUGUUACGAAGGCAGAUCAGGCAGAUAUUGAUCGUUCACCCGCCGCUUACUCGAGCCGGGCUUGUAACUGCGAGUUCAUGUCGCACAUAGCUAGUCAAACGCCGAACUCUUCAUUGAGAAAAUACUGAAACAUCAAUCCAUGGGUGAGUCAGUGCCACAUUUUCAUUUUUGCCUAAAUCUAAAUGAAAGAAAAACAAACCUGCAAAUUCAGCAGGCUAUGGUGUGAAAUGGGCUAUUACAAGUGCUGUCUUUCUUGCGCAUAUCGUUUCUUUGGUGUGCUUAGCAAUGCACGAGUGCCACGACUCCCCACUCCUAUCGAUAAAAUCAUUGUAUUAAGUCAUACGGCAGUUUUACUGCACGUGAAGUUUCAAAUGCAUCCUGUCAUUACUAAAUGUGUUGUGUGAAAUGUAUUUGAAUAUUACCAUUUUUAACACACAAGAAUUUGAUUGGUCCUCAACUCAAGGCUCAAACACUUCAUUCAGGAUAAAUUGAGUAAACCCUGAGUUAGCCUUGCCGGGAGCAGAUUUAGUUCUGAAGGAUUCGUUGCCAUAGAAAUGUACCUGGCUAAAAGGUGAGCCACAUUCGUGUCACCGGUUAUCCCGAGUUGAACUCAGAGUUGACCAAAGUUACCUCGCUAACUCCUCAAACCAGAUUCGUAGAAUAGGGCUCAGUAAUCCAUAAUAAUAACAGUCCACAAAGUGUGCCCCACAGCCUACUAGGCUAUGUGCUUUAGGAGGAAGUAGUGGAGGUAAUCACCACCAUGCCAAUGUAGGCUAUCUAAUUGACAUUGGUGAAAUGUCUCAAAUGGACACUUAUGGCUGUUAAGUAAGGACAUUAGGCUUAUAAAUAAGUUAAUAUGCAUUCAACAGGACUGUUCAAAAAGGAUUUACAGCUAAAAUGAAUAUUUUGGGUAAUAAAAAAAUAAUUUGCUUUAAUCUUCAAGAUAAACUGCGAUGACAAUGAAAAAUUGAGAAUUAGAGUUGGCCAUAAAUGACAACUUUGGGGUGAAUUACAUAUUAUUAACUAGUCACUGUUAAUACUGUCUGCGUGGUUAUAACUAGUCCUCUCACAUUAAUUCUUAUAUUACAGACUCAUUUUGAGCUUCAGAUUUUCUAAUUGUCCUUUUUCCUUUUCUUACAAGAUGAUGUUAUACUCAAUAGCUUAUAUUUCACACUCAAGGGUAGAAAAGAAUGAGGAAGUCUAGCUCUUCACUUCUUAUUGUUACUGAUGAGAAAAGUCUGAUUUAUUUUCAGAUUGGGAGUCCUUCUAAAUGGCAAACAUAGUAUAGUGAAAAAUAUAUAUUUAAAUGGAUAUAUGCCCAUAGACUCUCAAAGUUGACUCUGAGGAUACUGGUUUGGCUUGUGAUUUGCAAACAUGUUACAACAAACUACUAUUUUGCCUUUUGUUCACUGUUGUUUUUGGGUGGCUCCACUCGUUGUCUAUCUGAGAGGAACAGCUGCACCACCUAGCUACUCGGCUCAGAAGUGGAGCAUCACUGAUAGGCAGUAGGCACCCAUAUACCAACCAACACUAUGGACCAUGUGAAUGUGCUCUCACUUGAACGGCCCUAAACCUUAAACUUAUCAUCAGUGUGAAUAUCCGCUUUCCAACUUAAGUCUAAAUGAUUUGAUCAUUUCAUUUUCCAUGAGUGAAUGUAUCACCUAAGACAAAGCCAAUACUCCUGAAAUGAUCAGGAUUGGUCAUGAGAAGUGUAAAUGAUAACAGCUCUGUGUGAUGUCAGGGAGACACGUCAUUGACCAGUAGGAACUCACCCAAUGUCAGGCUUGAUCUGACAGGUAACCCAGCGGGCAAAACUGGUUUCAGUAUAAUCUAUUUUAUGACGUCAUAGUCAGGUUGUAUACUGGUUGUGUGAAAGUUUAUGCAGAAGUUAAUUAUUUUUAGCAACCAGAAAAAUACGUCUUUGUCUAGUUGUAAUCUGACCAGAUAACAACCAAAAUAUGACGUCUUUCCCAUUAUAUCUUCUUGUCGUGAAAAAUAUGUCUUUACCUGGUUGUAACAGAGACCCGUUGGUUGUAAUGUGGUUAUAUGAUUUCUUCUCAACCAGAAAACCAGUUUACGAUCAGAAAAUGACAUCAUUAAGACGAUUCCAAGGCAGGUCCGUCUGCAUACGGUAUGUGUCCACUAUGAAUGUGCUCUUUAAAUGGGUCUCUGAUGCAGUAAAAUGUAUUGUGUUGUUUUGGUUGCCUUGUCUGUAUUUUAGAGGAGUGGGUUGGUCUUUGAAUGACUGUAUGUUACCAUGUACGGUUGUGUUUUAAAAUAUGACAUUGACAUUGUUUUGGGGGAGAAAGAAAUGUUCAGUUAUAUUGCCUGUCUUGUUUCGGGUCAGUUGAAUGUCUUUAUAAAAUCAGUUGAUAACCCAAAUCUUCUUCUGAGUUAAUAGCAAUGUGUUAU